UGGUGGCGAUGCAGAAACACUGUCAAAGUCAGAAUCGGUUCAAAAAUACGUGGUGUGCAGUGUGGGAAAUUCAGGUGACAAAAAUGAAGUCUAAUUGUAAUUUUCAUUGUGUGAAAGCAGUUUGCAUGAGAGCUAAGUCCAUGGUACCAGAAACAACGCUCUCUUCCCAAAAGCAAAACAUAUUUAUUAUCUUAUCUGUGCUACUUUUUGACAGCAACUAGUUCUUAGGUAACCUAAUGUUGAUACAUAAUAGGGGUGGCGUUCUAUGUCUAUGGGGGUGGCGAUAUUUUCGAAAAGUACGUUUUUAUUGGCUGGUUCAUAUUGAUGACACGCCUAGCUUCUCUCUGAUUGGUGCGUCCCGUACAACAGCCUAGCUGGUCAUGCAGUUUCUCUGCGACUGUGAGUGAAUGUAAUGAAUUCCCAUUCGUUCAAAAUUAUGUCGGUGUAACGUGAAUUUUAUCUGUUUUAUAUACAUGUUGCGUUUUAUUGUCUAAGUUUAGUGUUUAGAGUAUUAUUCAUUCAAAUUACUGGUUGAUCUCGACUGGCUGCAGGUGUGCUACUAUGGAUUAUAUCCUGAAAAGCCUGUUCUCCUCAGAGGCAGAAGAGCUGUACAUCUUGGACUGCAUCGCUUACUUAUUUAUGUUUAUGGCAGUUUUAACUUUUGUAACGUUACUUUUUGAGAACGUACCUUAUGGCAGGUACGCCUCCAGCAAAUACGGAUUUCCUGUCAAUGUCAAAUUCGCUUGGUUUGUACAAGAGCUUCCGGCAAUCCUGGUACCUUUCUGCUUGGUCUUCUUUACCUCAGCGUCGAGAACAUCACACCUGCCAAAUCAGUUACUAUUGUGCAUGUAUUUUUGCCAUUAUGUACAAAGGUCUCUUAUAUACCCAUUUUUAAUUCGAGGGGGUAAACCCACUCCUUUUGCGUCUUUUGCACUGGCCAUUGUCUUCUGCAUAUUCAAUGGCUAUCUGCAAACAAGAUAUCUGAGCCAUUAUGCAGAGUACCCUGCAGACUGGGUUACACACCCCUGUUUCAUCUCAGGUGCCAUCCUUUGGUUUGCUGGGUGGUUUAUCAAUGUGCACUCAGACCACAUCCUUAGGAACCUCCGGAAGCCUGGGGAGAGUGGCUACAAAAUCCCUAGAGGUGGUUUGUUUGAGUUUGUCUCCGGAGCAAACUUCUUCGGGGAGAUUGUGGAAUGGGCUGGAUUUGCCUUGGCCGGCCAUUCUAUCCACAGCUUGGCGUUCGCCAUCUUCACCCUGAUCGUUCUGGCCAGCAGGGCAGUGGCUCACCACAAGUGGUACCUCACAAAAUUUGAAGACUACCCAAAAUCAAGAAAAGCUCUUUUACCUUUUCUUUUUUGAAAUCAUCUCAUUUUCUAGACUUUUGCAAACCAUAGUCUGGAUCCUCUCUUGCACCAAUAACAAAUACCAUUUACUUUAUUUCUGUCAACCUUUCUUUGAAGGGCACAUCAGAGUAUGUUUUAAACUGUGAAUUUACUUCAUUCAUAUACACCAUAUGAAGCUGUGAGUAAAAAUUGGGAUUUGCUUGAACAGAUUUGGACCACAGCAGCAUGAAUAUUUUUUUAAAGGAACUUCUUACUGUUUUUACUUCUUACAAGCCGAACAAAACACACUAAAUCUGAAGUUGAUGUAACACCCCUGUUUGAAGUUGACUCAUGAGCUGAACCAGUAUCGGGAGGGGUUGUAGCUAUAUAUCCUCAUCUGUCCUUGGAACUCGUAUAAGCUCAAAGGCGUCAUGCGGUGCAUUGUACAUGCUGCUAUGUUUUUCCUGGUGUAUUCACUUCAUGAAAUUCAUUUGGUGAAAUUCCACUUUUCAACAAGGUCCAUCAUGGAAAGAAAGACUUUCUAUGAUAUUCUUAGCAGCUUCAUGAGAAGAUAAUUAACUUGGUUAACAUGUUCCAGUCUACAGGUCUUCAUCAGGACGAAAUAAAAUGACUUUUUACAUUAA